CGAGAUAGGCCUGAUAUGGACUAAUUUACCAGUAGGCCUAGCGAUGAGACUGCUAUCAGAGACGGAAGAGGAAGGGAUACAUCUCAGUCCAUUUUUUCUGGGCCUUAUACAGACCCAGCAGCUAUUGCAUUGGUGUGAAUGGGAGAACCACCCCUUCAGUAGACCGGAACUGUGACAAUUUUUUCAAUGGUAAACGGCCUGAGUAAGACAUCUUUAUGUAUCCACCAUCUUUGAAGCUAUCACGCUUGCUUGUCAUGACGUUACUUUUUGUGCCACUGCAGUCUCCGUAGACAUCUAAACAUGGCGGCGUCCUACAAACGAGUUAUGUAGCUUGUGUCCAGCUAUGUUCUGAUUGAAAAAAAAUCUAAGGGUUCCAUAAAAAUCUGACAGUAAGAAAAAUGACAUUUCGGUAUUUGUUAAGCGGUAUAUCGAAGUGCUGGUCUAGUCUUGCACGUCAUCGAUUAUCAAACGUUUCGCGAUUGCGGAACGUUAGCGAAGUGACACCGAGAGCGAUAUUGAGCCAUCCAUCACAUACACCUUCACCAUCGUCGACAUGCACUCGCAUGAGCAAUGGCCACCUAUAUAGCCGUGUAAGAGUAGCAUACAGUUUGGGGAGAGAGGGUGCUAUAUGGGCAACAGAUACGUUGUGUUUUGGUCUGUUAUCAAUCCGCUCAAGAGUGAACACACAAAAACGGUACUUUCAUGUUAUGAAGAAACUGCACCAACAGGUGCCUAUUUUCCGCCCUCUUUCUACAUCGACAGCGGUUGCAAAAGACGUGAUUCUGUUUGAGCACGACCGAACAAGGUUCUUUCGCCUCUUAGCAGUCUUCUGUGGUGGUCAGUUUCUUUUCUGGACAUACCUGGCCCACUUCGCCUUUACUGGUCUUCGAGACACUGGUGGAAGUGGUUCUGGUGGGAGACAUGUCUCCACUACUGGCUUGGCAGGACUUUGGAGUUUCGAUAUGAACCUGGGAUCUAAUGCUUGGAGAUAUGGAUUCACACUGGCAUGCCUUGUUAUUGGUGGAGGGAUCAUGGGACUUGGUGCUCUGUUCUGCCGGCGUUCUGUCAGCCAGGUGAUUCUACAUAAGGGGGGCGGGAUGGUCACCGUGUCGACACAGUCACCCCUGGGACCAAACAAGGGACAGAGAAUUACUGUACCCUUGUCACAAGUGGCCUGUUACGCCCACAGACAAGAGUCUCCUACUUUCAUUCCCCUCAGGGUGAAAGAUUGCAAGUUCUACUUUCUUUUGGACAGAGAAGGCACACUGAAUAAUCCCCAACUGUUUGAUGUUACAGUUGGGGCAUAUCGAUCAUUCUAGGUGUGUCAAGAUAACAGAAUGUGUAUUGUCCCCCAUUGUCAUUGCAACAUUCUGUCAGUACAAAGGGGUUGAUUGGUUGAUUGGAAUGAAUUCAACAAUCUGUUGGCUAAAGUUCUCAACAUAAACCAUUGAUUAAGUUUGCAAAAAUGUUGUUGGCUUUUUGUAAUUAAUUUGACAACAAAUAAGAUAUAGAUAUGAAUAAACUGUGGAUGUAAAAAUCUUUUUUUUUUCCAGUGCAUUGAAGUGGAUCAUUUUCAACACUAUUCACCACCUCCAAACCAAAAAUACUAAUUUUCAGUCAGUAUUUUUACUCUGGGAUGAAGAUUGUUGUAACUGUAACUAAAAUCUGCAUCUGAUAGUAGAUGAUCUUAGCAAAUAGGUGUGAUGGGUCCACACUCAAAAAAAUAUAUGCAAAUAUAUUGCAUAAAGGCUUUGCCACCUUAUUCAAUGUGUAGAUGAUCUUAAAAGGCAUACAUAUUUGACCUGGCUAAGAGUUUGAGUUAAAGAUUAGUUUGAGAUAACAUUAGAUAAUCUCUCCUGGCUCAGUUCCCCACAUACCCGCUCAUUGAGACGGGGUGGAGUGACUAGUUACCCUCAAUCCCCAUUGAGAUUGAGGAGUUACUGUAGUUGCCUCCAUCUCCCUUUUGAGUGCAAUCUCCACUCCACUUCCAACAGCUGUCACUGAACAUACUGAAUGAUCUACAAAUAGUAAUGAGUAGUUAUUUAUGAUGCAUGGUAAUUUGUAGAUGAAACAGUCUGCAGUCACCUGCAGUGUCGGCUGAAAUGUUGAAAAAGCCCAAUAUUUUGCAUGUAUUGGCCUAGACCUUGCUCCUGAAGUUGAUCCUGGAUCAAUAAUGAAUUCCUCCUUCAUCCACUUCAUCCUAAGAAAGAGUUACAACUGGGAGACUGGGAGUUGGGUUUUUCAAAACAUCACCAUCAUGCAUUAUUGCUUCUAAUCUACCCAAAUAGGGGUCAUGUAAAAACAACAAGCUGUUACAGAUCAUUAUUGUCAUCUUUUAAUCAAAACAGUGUAAAAACAUGAGGGUUUUCACAAUUACAAUAAAGUUUUGGACAAUU